GGAGCUGGACGGCGCUGGUUGGGUCACGUGUCCGGUUGUCAUGGUGACCCACCUCUGUCAGUGCGGCCUACACAGUGCCGGGGAGCCUGACUGGCAGUGAGGAGGUGGCCGGGCACAGGGGGGGGGCCCAACCGGGGAGAGGGGGAGUCAAUGAGCAGGCAUGGAGAGGAAGCGGUUGGGCAUGGCUGAUCAGGAGAAGCGACAAGCAUGGACUGGCCACAGGCCUGGAAAUCCCCAGACUGCUCCAGAAUCUGACAAGGACUCCGGGUUCUCAGAUGUGGCAUCGGAGUGCCUGAGCUCUGUGGAGCAGACCGAUCCAGAGGAGGCUUCGCUGACAUCGCGCUGGAAUGCCGCUCGGAACCCCCUGGAGGGCCCUACACCUUGCCCUCCCCCUCUGCUUAUCUUGAAGAAUUUGCUUGUAGAUCAGGGGUCCACCUCUGACCCACAUGGGCACUCCUGGACUGUCCAUCCCUCCUUUCAGCUGCUUCCUACCCCUUCACAGAUCUUGGUUUUCCCCUCAUCAGUACCUCCAGCAAAACCUCAGUCAUCCAGUGGAAAGACCACUAAAUACUUGCCUAUUCUGAACUCCUACCCCAAGAUCGCACCACACCCAUCACAGUUGCCUCUGCGGGGACACAAGAGAGAAGCCGACACGUGGCACCAAAACCAAACAAAAAAGCAGCUUCCGGGAACGUUGCACUCAGGUGCUGGGGAGAAGGCAAAUUCCUUGAAUAGCCCGGAGGAGCCUGUGCUCAGUGAUGUGGCUCCAGACUGUGAACUGGGCCUGGCCACGACACAGAAUGAGACCAAAGACAGCAUGGGCACAGAUGGCACUGAUCUCCAGGCAGCUCCAUUUUCAGAUACCUCUAAUGAGACUCACCUUUCAGUGCCAUCUCAACCAAAGAACCAAAGUCGCAGGUUUCAGAACACUCUGGACGUUUUACACCGUUCUGGGCUGCUGAGCAUUGCUAUAAAAACGAAAGAACUGGCCAGGCUUAACCAGGCCACCCAGACCCAGCUGGAGAAGCUGCAGGAGCAGGUGAGCCUGUACACUAAAGCCAUCAGCAGUAAUAGCACGGAAGACUGGCAGAAGCUGCAGGAAUCAUUGGUUGAGCCUAGUGGGCUGUUGAAAGAGAUCCCCAUGUGACUCCGGCCCAUUCUUACAAUGGAAGGCUUUGUAAGCCUAGUAGUGAGAUAGUUUAGCCAUACAGGUUGUGGUGAGAAGGAACUAAAGGAAAUGUGAAGCCCUCCAACCGAAUCCAUGCGUAGCACAGUAAGCCUUCUU